CACAUGAGGGGAACUGACUAAUUGCCACUGACAUCCCCAGUGACACCAAUACAGUGAUCAGUGUUAAUAAAAAGCACUGACACUGUAUUAAUGGCACUGGGCAGGAAGGGGUUAACAUCUGGGGCGAUCAAAGGGUUAACUGUGCACCUUGUGUGGUUAACUGUGCGCUGUGUGUGUGUUUUACUGUGUAAGCAUGCUGCUGUGCAGAGCCAUACAAAGCAGCAUGCUGGUGCUGACAGAGGAGGGAUCUGUAUUGUCAGUGUUCUCCCCUGUCAGUGUUCCUCAGUGAUCGCCGGGUGGCGGCGGGGAAUAUCCGGCCAGGACCCGGUGAUCAACAUCUGUAGCCACCAAUGGCGG